AAAAAAAAGUAAUAUUCGAUAUUUAAGUUACGUACCUACAAUUGAUAUUCAACUAUUUUAUCAACUCGAUAAAAAUAUUUAAAAAUAUCUCAACCAUAUUGUUGAUUACAAUCGUCUAAUGUACCUACAUCAGGGAGUCUUGGUUUAAGUUUUGGAAUAAGUCACAACUAACAAUAUAAAACUGAAAACUUGUAUAUACCAUUAUCGUGACAUAGUAAGCACAGCGGAUGUGCGUUUAACGGCCCGGCACUAAUCGCGAGAUUGAAUCUCGAGCGAGUGAGUGCAGAGUGGAGUGAGACAAAUCAGUUUAGAACACGAAUGUCAUUAAAUAUAAUGGCGUGUCAGCGGACGGCACGGUGCAUGCAGUGCGGUGCAGUGUGUAACUGCAGUGAAUAUGGCAAUAACUAUUGUAGUAGUUUUGUGAAGCUCGCGAUAUCGGAUAUGUUGUUGUCCACCGUAGCAUGAUUUUGGACUGCGUGCACCUGCAGCUGUACCGCGACGCGCGCUCGCGCUACACCGGCGCGGCGGGCGCCGUGAAGGCGGCGCUCUCGCUACAACAGUUCCUGGGCGCCGAGGCGGGCUUCACGCUCGACAAGCACUCCAACACACUGGCGCUCAUCUGCCGCGACCUCGUCGCCAUCCUCGCCUUCGAGACCAGGGAGCGGCUCAUACAGUGGCAGGUGAAAGUGAAUCUGCACCUAGGCGAGGCGCGGCAAUACCUGGUAGUCCUAGGUGCCGGAGCCGGGUCGGGCGGCGGCAAGCGGCUGCCGGCGGGCCCGGCGCGGCUGCUUUUGCACGAGCGCCGCUGCGCGCUCACCGCCGGCGUGCCGCCGCGGCUGCUGGGCGAGUGGCAGCUGCAACACCUCAGGCGGUAUGGUGUAGUGGAAGGCAAGUUCUGCUUCGAGGGUGGUUCUCAUUGCGGAGCGGGUGAGGGUCUCUUCGUGCUGACGACGGAUCAAGCGGCGGCGUUGGCGAGGGACUUCGAGUUAGCUGCUCAGGGCCGGUUGUCGCCGCGGCGGCGGCCGCAGGCUGCAAAAGCUGACGGAGCCGAAAGCCCGAAGUCUACCAAGGCGUUUCGACCAGAUACGCGGUUGUCAGAGCUCAAUGCUGGUGAGCGCUCGCUCCCUGCAGACUUGCGGCUAGAAGAUACAUCAACUACCAGGGGAGCAGGUUCACCCUGGGGCUCGGUUGAGCGAGACGGCGAUACAGCUUCGGUUCACGGGGAGUGGGCGCCUGGUGUAGCGUUAGAGCGUUGCAUGAGCUGCAUGUCAAAGCUGGGCGCGCUAUCUCGCUCAUCCACCGCCGCCACGCCUGGGACGUUCAACCCCGCGUGGACCAUGGACGCGCUGCAAGAGAGUGACGCCCCGCCGCGGCCGCCCAAGCCCAUGCGCUUGGAGCCCGGGCGGCCGCCCGAGCCCUUGCGGUUGGAGCUCGGGCGUCCACCAGCUCCGCCGCCCAAUGCUUGCUGUCAGCAAGACGACUCCAAAGUCGGCCCUUAUGAAAAUUAUGACGUGCCUAAAGUUCACCCUGCUGAGGUGGAAGGGGAAUAUUACGAUACUCCUAAAAGACUAAAGGAAUGUCUAAACGAAGAGCUAUUUAGAAUAACCAAGAGCUCAACAUCAAACGCUAUUAUUUUAAAGAAACCUUGCGGAUGUCUCCUUAAGUUCGGCAAACGACGAAGAGAGGCAACAGUAGUGGAGACCGAGGAGGGUCUGGAACCAGCGAAUUGUCCAUGUCGGCGAGUCACAGACUGGGCACACAGCUGGAUAAAACUGCCCUACUGCAGGAAAGCUACGACACCCACCGAGGCGUCAGUACCGAAUAAAGAGAAUGUGAAGCCGAACAGCGAUCGGACAGCGCUGUAUGCUACUAUAGACGUUUCUCGAAAGACGAAACGGAAAGCUUCACUAGGUGGCGACGCGCGGAACGUCGAAGUAGACAAUGGACCUCUUGCCAACUACGAGAAUUUGAGCUUCGCAUUAUCUUUAGAACAUUACGAGAACGCACGUGCGUUGUUACGAAAAGCCGGCGUAACGCAGGCUGAACUGGAUGCUAUCAGCGCAAACUUGAGGCCUAUUGGAUUACCAGCGCGAAGCUGCGCCUGCAGUGCCUGUCACCAACCUACGUCAGAAUACCUCCUCAUGGAGCCCGGUAUUGAGCCCGGCAAGCUUAAAGCACCUUCGGGCUACACGCCGAUGUCGCCCAUCGGCGGGUUCGCUUUUCAUACGCUGCGGCUCCCAGCGCGUGCCGCGAGGAACCUCGGCGAGGAGAAGUCCGCCAGCAAUCCCGCGUUAUGUCCUGCCGCACGUGCAGCGCUACGCACAGGCGAAGCACAAGUGACCACGCGAACCGAACGUGCACGGGUAGAAUACCGCAAGCGUUCAAGCUCUGCCGACUCCUCGCGAUUCCUGGAAGACGUCAAGGAGUUCGAAGGCAGCGCUGGCAGUCGAGGGUCUUCCUCAUCAGUGGAGACGCUGAGAGCGCGCGCUGCGUCGCCUUGUGGCUGCCACAAACUAUCUGACGCUGAUAGUUCAGAGGCGUCGAAGGCGCGAGCGGCGGCGCCGGGGGCGGCCGGCAACAGAGAUUCGUCUAGCAGCAACGACUCAGGUGUAAGCAGCAGCAGUCGAGCAGGCGAGUUCGAGUUGCCGCUCACGACGGCAGCGGCGCGGCGACAUUACCGCUCAGCGCGACGCGCCGCGCUGCCGGCCGGCACUGCGCCGCCGCGCCGUGCGCGCUCCUCCGACGCGCCGCGACUCGGCGCGGCCGACCCUACGCAUAAGUCGUCGUCGGCAGAAGCCGAGGUGCCGCUGUUAUCUCUUAAGGCACUUAGAGGAGUGCUGGACACGCACAGCUCGUCGAGCGGUGCAUCCGACAUGUCGGACUACAUUGAGACGCUCUCCAUCUGCUCUUCUCACUCGUCCAGUGACACACCGGUCACAAUGCGAGCGGGACGGCAAUGUGCAAGCGUGCUGAGACCACGGUCAGGCAAGGAGUACCAACCUCUCGGCGCGCGACUGGCUGCUACGUCGCAUCUCUACUCCAACCUACCUUGAACUAGCACUGCCAAAUUUUCUUAAAUCGAUUAAAGCGAGGGGCCUACUGAACAUAAUAUAUAGGAGAUGCUAACCGAAACUAAAUUAUUAAGGUGACAUUUUGUCGCAUCUGUCAUACGACAUUACCAAUACAUUUUUACUUUUCGAUUGUCAUUUGUCGAUGAACAGUUGUCAUCUUGGCUAUUUAUGCCAUAUUUUUCAACGUUUUGUUACUACAAGAAAGUAAAAUUUGUUGCAUAUACGUUACCGAUCAGUUACAAAUACUUGGCAUGACAUACCUUUAAGUAUAACAAUGACGCCUGCGUGGUGGACUGGUGAAUUUUCACAAAACAAACUGAAAACUUUUUUAAGUAAACCUUUCGUAAUUAUAAUGUUUCGUCAGAGCCCCCGUGCAAUGGUCGGAUGAGUGAGAUAGAUCAUUUGUUAAAUUUUAUUACAAACGUGUUAAGUGAAUUGAAUACUGUGUAUUUCUGUACUUAUGUAUGUAGAUGUAACUCUGUCCGUGUGUGUGUCCGUCCACUGGCAGCGCUCCGGCGGAGCCUUCUUUUAUACUGCUUUCAUUUUAUUUUUAUCAAUUUUCUUUGUACAUCAAAAUAUGUAAAAUAAAUUGAAACUUGGUUCUUAAUAUACUUAUUAGAAUAAAUCGCUAUGAACACUAGUGAAAUUGUAUUAAAUGUGAUCAUAGUGAAAUGUCUAGUAAUUAAAAGUAUAAUUCCAAUUCCAAUCGCGCGUCUUGGGCGAAUUGCAAUCAUUAUAAUCACGCCGCUGGAUUGAAUUGAACCAUAAUACUCGUAUGAUAAUGGUAAUGACUACUAGUAUGGGUAAAAAGCUCAAUUUGAAGUAUGAGUUGCUGCCGCUUGCAGUGCGAAUUGGAAAUAUACCAUAAAACAAACCGGCGCGACGCGCAACUAAACGAAUUACAAAACAGGUCUUAUAAAUAGUUGUUAAUUUUUUAUUCAAAUACACUAUAUUAGCCUAAGACUCAGCCAAAUAUAACUUAUUUCUAGUCAUUUAUACUAUGUAAAUAGGUGCGCUCGAUUCGGAGGGGAGGGUAGCUGCUAGGCUAGGGUGUACAUAGGCGGGUGUUGUAAUAUUUUGAUACAGAGGUUUACGACUGUCCAAGUGUACAUGAACUCGACAUAGCAAUAAGAGUGCAACCACAGGUGAUCGAACGUGUAAUAUAUUUAUUAUAGUUAAUUAUAUUAUAUAGCGUAGAGCGGUUAGUGAAACGAGCGGCCCGCGGCCGCAAGAGACCGCAUAUUGUAUAGAAACUAUAACGACUCCUAACUUAUUUCUUAAAUGUUCUUUAAAUAAA